AUGGGCUCUUCCCAUUCAUCGGAAGCCGAGAAGGCAAAGCUGGGAACGAUGGGACGAUUGUCGGAGGAUAUGCUUCUCUAUCGACUCGUGGAUAUGCACGGUGGAGGGGAACUGAUCCCGUGGAUGAGAUACGCUCACAAAACGGGCGAUCACUCAAUCAUUGACGGCUUUAUUGACAUCAGAGUUCGAGAAUUUCUCUACAAGGGCGGAGAAGGGAAAUUGGUGACGGUCACUGAGUUGGUAAAGAUUCGAAAUAAGCAAAGAAAUGCUAUGCUUUCGGCAUUUUCUCGAAAAAAAGGCAAAGGAAAAUCGGGUCCAAAUGUCCUCGAUGCGGUGAAUCAAGAAGGAGUGAAUGCGGGAGAUGUACAAAAGAUUUUGAAACUAGUUGGAGAUGGUGGCGGAAAGGGGAAAGGCGGAGAGUCAAAGUAUCGAGAUAUCUGUUGGAAAUUGGAGGAAAGAGGUUCAAUGGGUGAAACGCUGUUGGGCGUUUGCCUCCUUCAAGGCACCUCUAUUCACAACAUGUUGGCACUGAAGCUAUUGGACAAUUUCCCAAAACUCGUCAACGAUUUCAAUGUCAGCGAGGAUUACUACGGUCUAUCCCCACUUCAUCAAGCGAUUGUCAAUGAGGAUCCGUACAUGGUGAGCGUCUUGUUGCGAAGGGGAGCUGAUGUGAGCAAAAGAUGCUUUGGCGCAUUCUUUUGCACUGAAGACCAAAAGACGAGCAGAACCGAUUCGAUGGAACACGAGGCGGUCGAUUUGAGUCCAAAGACAAAUUACACUGGCCGAAUGUACUUUGGUGAGUACCCGCUUCACUUCGCCGCUUGUAUGAAUCAACCAGAAUGUUAUCGAUUGUUGCUUGUGAAAAAAGCGAAUCCAAAUGCGCAAGACACAAAUGGGAACACCGUUCUUCACAUGUGCGUCAUUCAUGAGAAUAUGGAUAUGCUUCGACUCGCCGUUCAGACGGGCGCCAGUCUUCGAAUCACGAACAAGCAAGGCCUCACCCCGUUGACUCUAGCCGCAAAGUUGGCAAAGAAAAAGAUUUUCAUUGAACUCCUCGAUCUCGAGUCUGAUGUCGUCUGGGCUUAUGGAGAAGCGUCACAAACCGCUUACCCACUAGCCGAUAUUGACACGAUCAAUGAGAAGAAUGGGGAAAUGAAUGAGCAAUCGGCUUUGUCUUUGGUUGUGUAUGGGGAAACGGCAGAGCAUCUCGAGCUUCUCGAUGGUCUUUUGGAAAACAUUUUGCAAGCUAAAUGGGAUGCUUAUGCAAAGACUAGUUGGUAUCGCUCUUUAGCUUCAUUUUCUUUUUACUAUAUCUGUUUCUUUAUGGCCUACAUGAAUCGACCAUUCUCGUACACGACACAGAUUUCCACAAACGGAAUGGUCAAUCAACACGGAGAACCAUUGAAAUUCAGCGAUAUGAAAUAUAAGAUCGAUUACAAUCGGACGCUUGUGUCAACCGAUGAUCUAACCCGGCUCAACUACUAUCAGUACACGAAUUUGCAUUAUGAUGAGCUGAAAGCCAGAUGUCAUCUCAUUAAUUACGCCGAGCUGCCGUUGACGCAGGGAUGGAUUCGUCUUGGCGCUGAAGUGUUGGUACUCGUGCAAGUGAUCAUCCAAAUCGCCAUGGAUGUGCUCGACAUUCGGCGAAUCGGCAGGAAAAAGUGGUGGAAUGUUAUGGUUGCUUUUCCAGCGAAACUCAUCUGGAAGAUGACUUUCUUUGGAAUUUUCUUUAUCGUGCCAUUGAGAGCGGCUUGUCAUCUCUCGAUGACAUUCGUCAUUCUCGACAAUGUCAUCUCGACGAUUCUCGUACCAAUGACCACCAUUCAUUUUCUUUAUUACAGCAGAGCCGUCAAAUUCGUCGGUCCAUUUGUGUUGAUGAUCUACACAAUUAUUGCCUCGGAUCUCUCGCGUUUCAUCGCUAUCUAUCUUAUUUUUCUCAUCGGAUUCUCGCAAUCUUUUUAUCUAAUUUUCACCGCUUGUGAACGAGCUGAAUACGAAAAUUCGAAUGUGACGGCUACAUUGAGAGCUGAUGAUGAUGGAGAUUCUUUUCAGAAUCUACUCCCGAAUCCGCAAGAAGCUUUGAUUCGAACAUUCAUCAUGACAAUUGGAGAGUUCAUGUCCCUGUACCGUGAGCUGGCCGCUUGCAACUCGUUGUUGUUGUCAACGAUUGGAAAAAUUUGCUUCAUCAUCUUCGAACUGGGCGUCUCGAUUCUGCAAUUCAAUCUCCUCAUCGCUAUGAUGACUCGGACGUACGAGGAGAUUUUCCAAACGUCAAAGGAGUGGAAAAGACAGUGGGCCCAAGUGAUCCUGAUGUUAGAGUUGUCGGUCGCUCCAAAGAAACGCCUUCACCAUAUGCAACAGUACUCCCGGCCACGAGGCACACAAAAGGAUAUCCGAGCUUUUGUCGUCAUCAAAAAGAAUGAUGACGAUGACGAGGUGGCUCGCCAAGUCCGGCAAGAGAAACGCGAGCGGAUGCACGAGGAGAAAAUGGCGUUGAUUCGGAAAAAGCAAAGGGAAAUCGAAAGAGAAGGCGCUGCCGGAAGACCGGUCACUCGACGAUACUUAGGUGGUGAAAGCAAUUUGGAGAAAAGUCGUCGGAAAAGUUUUGCCACU